CCCACACCUUCGCAGAGUCAUACCUCUGCUCCGAGCUCUAGUCACACAAUUUUGACCUUUCGCAUGUUCGGUGGCUGAGCGGUAGCAUGAAGCAUGUUCAUCUGGAGCAAAGCCCCCGCGAGGGGCUUGGGGAAGGCUACGAAGAAGCUUCCCAAGCGCGAUGACAGCGGUAACAUCUUCACCAAGAUUCGAUGCGCGCCUCUCUCCACGUCCACCACCUACGUCCGAAAAUCGUCGAGCUCAGCGAAAGAGCGCCAGCGCGCCGAACGUCAGCAGUUGACGCGUCUACUGAAGGAAUCGCCUGGUAAACGCGACGCGCGCAACUUCCUGAAGCAGUUCGAUGCGCCCAAGAAGGGCAAGGCGGCUAUCGCAGCCAAAGCCAGGGAGAUGGUUAGCGAGGAUAUACACAAUGACUCGGGUUCGCUGCGAACCGGUGUGAAUCUCGGCGACCUCUACAAGCCCACUGUCUUCACGCGCGAACCGCUUCCGGAAGAGAAGUACCAGGCUGAAGAGAAGGAUGAGCCGGUGCACAUGGCGCUUGUCAAGCUUCGGCAGCCUCAGACCCUCGACGACCGCACCUUGGGCGACAUCGCAUUGACUCUGAGUCAGAUGGCGCAGCUGGGGCUUAGUACUGCUGUAGUGCUCGACUGCGAUCACGAUGCCGAUGCGCACACCACGGAAUUAACGUUGGAAUAUGGGAACAUGGUUAGGGAGCAGGCAUUGCGCUUGGUCGCAGCGUUGGAAGACUACAACGAGCCAGGGGCUCUAUUGGUCGAAGAUGCUUUGGGCUACUCCCCACUGGCCAACGACAUGCCUAGUACCGUACAGGUGCGGGGAGGUGUAGAGGUACAGCACAAUUACCUGUUACUUCCGCCCAUCGAUGACGGCGUUAUUCCAGUCAUAACACCCUUCGCCUACGACACAAAUCUGAAGAAGGUCAGGGUCCAAGCAGACGACGUGCUUCUCGCGCUUGUUCGCGAGUUUGCCGGUCUCGCUGGCCAGACAGGCAGCAAUGGCUCAGUUGGUGGCGCAUUGUACAAGACAAAGGAUGUCGUCGAAAGACCCAUUCUCGACCGCAUCAUUAUACUUGAUCCUCUCGGUGGCAUACCAUCCGAGAAGCGAGCAGACGGCGCUCAUGUUUUCGUCAAUUUAGAAGCCGAGUACCGUGACAUCAAGAAAGAGCUGCAGCAGCUAUCUUCAGCUACUCCGGAUGAUAAGACUCAACGCCCAACUUCGUCAAGUUCUAGCAAUCCGUUCUCAGAAUUCGUCGAGGAAGAAAUGGCACCGUUACCAGGUGCACCGGCACAACAGAUCGGCAACUCAGCUCCGAUACGCCAUCUGAAGAACCUCGAAGUGGUCGAGCGCGGCUUGAAGCUGUUACCCCCAUCGUCGUCUGGCCUCGUCCUGACACCCUUGGAAGCAGCAAGGAAGGCUAUACCUGACGAUGCGCGGACUUCGCCUGCGAAGAAUCCUCUACUGCAUAACGUGUUAACAGACAAACCGAUGACAUCGUCGUCGCUGCCGACAACUCCGACUUCCCGUUUCCUUGGCUCCACCGCACCCAACCCUGCCACCUUCUUUAAGAAGGGCAUACCGCUCACCAUGAUUCCGGAUCCGCGGAUCCACGGGCCUUGGCAGCCACCCUCUGCGACGAACCCGAGCAUAGAGCUAGCAGACGACCCGCGCAUCAACUUCCCAAAACUCGUCGAUCUCAUCGAUGACUCUUUCCGACGUAAACUGCAUCCUCAGAACUACCUCGACCGUAUUCGUGGCCGUGUGGCCGGCAUAAUUAUAGCGGGUGAUUACGAAGGUGGCGCCAUCUGCACAUGGGAAACGCCCGCAUCCCUCCAUGGGCUCAGUCCUCCUAGCAUACCUUCUCCAGACUCGCCAUACUACGUUCCUUAUCUCGACAAGUUCGCCGUCCUCACGUCGUCGCAAGGUUCUGGUGGCGUAUCCGACAUUGUCUGGGCUGCUUUGACUCGAACAUGCUUCCCUGAUGGCGUAGUAUGGAGGAGUCGGACAAGCAACCCCGUCAAUAAAUGGUACCAAGAGAGGAGCAAGGGCAUGUGGAACUUGCCUGGUGAUCAAUGGACCAUGUUUUGGACUACGCAGGGUGUCGAGAAAAGAUGGAGUACUGAGGAGCGGGGUGGGACAAAGAAGGAGAAGGAUUUGAGGAGGUGGGAUGCCUAUGUAGAUGUCUGUAGCGGCAUUGAACCGAGCUGGGCGGAUGGCAUACAAAGAGCGGAUUAGACGCAGCGUCUGAUUAGACCACGAACUAUCAGGCCUUUCAUCAGACAGAAACGUCCAUACCGUGGUGCUGUUCUUUCAAUCCAGGAAAAGAGUCUCAUGACGAGCGUGUGCCCUAUGACCCGACAGCUUCCUCACUGCGAUCACCCACCAUUCCUAUCUCAAAACUGUCUUUGAUGCCUACCGCAUGCGAUGCAUCCAUGAAUUCAAUUCCCGAUCUUGUCCAAAGUGGUAAGAGCGAUCUUCCAUCAUAGCAACAGCAACCCGUGGCGGACAGCUCACAAAGGCAAAACCCCCAAUAGCGCAUUACUAGAGGACUCACCGACUUGAUGGUCGCAAAUGCAGAAAAUACCCAAAGCACACCG